GAAAGAAAAUUCCAAAUGGAUACACGCCCACUUGCACACUUUAGUGUCUGUUUACCUUCAUUCACUGGCUGCUCUCCCCUCAAUCUCUUACUCCCCUCGCCUUUCAUUACACUGAAGAGAGAGAGAAUGGCACAGUUGCUCACUUACAAGGCCAGGAGGUCCGGCGGGACAAAACCUGUCCAGAAUGGAGGCUUGGUAGGAAAUGGAGUAUCCACUCACCUCCAGUCACCCUCACUGCCAGGAGGAGGAGAGAGUGAGACUGAUGAGCCUCUCAUUGAAUCACUGCCUCUGGAUAUAUUACUCAAAGUCUUCUCCUUCCUUGAUGUCAUCUCUCUAUGCCGAUGUGCUCAAGUUUCAAAGAAAUGGCAUGAGUUGGCACUGGAUGGUAGCAAUUGGCAGCAUGUGGACUUCUUUGAUUUUCAAGUUGACAUUGAGGAACAAGUUGUUGACAGGCUAUCAAGAAGGUGUGGUGGUUUCUUAAGGUCGCUGAGUCUCAAAGGCUGCGAAGGAGUGGAAGAUUCUGCCAUAAAGACAUUCUCAACACACUGUCCUUACAUAGAGACCCUCAUAUUGCACAAGUGUUACAGAGUGAGUGAUACUGCAGUACAGUCCCUCAGCCAACACUGUAAUAAACUAGUUCGUCUUGACCUGUCUUCAUGUAGAGGGAUAUCUGAUAAAUCAUGCACUUACCUAGCUGCUGGUUGUAAAGAUCUAGCCUACAUAGAUCUCUCAUAUUGUGCAAUUACUUACAAAGGUGUCAUCUCGUUAGUGGAGGGGUGUGGCCAACUUUCCGGGCUCUCAUUACAGUACUGUGGUGAGUUGACAGAUGAGGCGUUGAAACACGUUGGAAGCCACUGUCCUAAGUUAAAGAGACUCAACAUUCAAGCAUGUAGGAGAGUUAGUGACAUUGGUAUAGAAGCAAUAUGCGAGGGCUGUCAGCUACUGGAGAGGAUAAACAUGUCACACAUAGACCAACUAACAGACCAGUCACUUAGGAAGCUCAGCCUCUGCUCACAGCUGAAGGACGUUGAAGCUGCUGGUUGUUCCAAUUUCACUGAUGCUGGGUUUAUAGCACUGGCCAAUGGUUGUUCUGGCUUGACAAGGAUGGAUCUUGAGGAGUGUAUAUUAGUAACUGAUGCUACUCUUGUUAAACUAGGAGCUAACUGUCCUAACCUUGAGAGCCUGGUGUUGUCUCAUUGUGAGAGGAUAUCUGAUUCCGGUAUAAACCAGUUGCUGGACAGUCCUUGUGGUGAGAUACUCCAGGUAUUAGAACUGGACAAUUGUCCUCAAAUCACUGACAAUACACUUGAGAAACUAAGAACAUGUAAUACAUUGAAACGUGUAGAAGUAUUUGAUUGUCAGCUUCUCUCAAGAAUGGCAAUACAAAAGCUACAGCACACUCGACCAGACAUCACUGUCCACGCCUAUUUUCCACCACACCCACCCCAAGCUCCUCCCCCUCAGAGUAGACGAAGGGUCACCUGUCAAUGUUGUAGUUUAUUAUAAUUUUUUCAUCAUUUAUUUUUUCAUUUUAUUAAUUUCUUUUCUCUCUCUCUUUGUGUAGUAGCAUCUGUAUGUAUACAUUUUUUCUCACAGCAUUAUUAUAGCAUCAUCUAUCAUUCAUUCAUUCAUCAUAUUAUUAUAAUCAGCAACAUUAAUUAUAUUAUUAUCAUUAUUACUCAGUCAAUAUUAUCUCUGUAUCAUCAUCAUUAUUCUACCAUUCAUUAUGAAUAUCACUGGAAAA